AUGAAGAAUAGUUUAGUUGUUGGAUGUGGAGGAACAGGGAGUGAAAUUAUUAAAUUAUUAAAGUUAAUGAAUGUUAAUAUUACUUGUAUUGAUUAUGAUAAAGUAGAAUUAACUAAUUUAAAUAGACAGUUUUAUUUCAUUAAAAGUGACUGUAAUAAAUAUAAAGCUGAAAUUGUUGCUAAAAAAAUUGGUUGUAAUUAUCGUAACGUGAAUUUAAUGGAUAUAAAAAUUGAUUAUUUAAACCAAUUUGAUGUUAUUUUUAGUUGUUUAGAUUCAAUUGGAGCAAGAAUGGAAUUAAAUUACAGGUUUAAACAAUCAAAAUGUAAAAAACUAAUUGAUCUUGGUGUGGAGAAUUUAACUUCUCAUAUAAAAAUAAUAACAGAUGAUAAAGCAUGUCUCUACUGUAUGAAAGAUAUUUUCAACAUAAAUGAACCUUAUAAUUCCUGUACUUUUAUGAAUAUAAAAACAAAAAUAGAGAAAUUUAAUAGAGAAAAAUAUUUAAUAUCAUUAAUUGCUUUAAAAGGAAAUGAUUUUAAAAAAAUAGUAAAAGAAUUCAAUAACAAAGUAAGUGAUGAAAAACUAAAAACAAAUUUACUAGAAGUUGAAACAAUUUUUCAUAAUAUCACCCCAAAUAUCUCAACAAUAAAUAGUAUAACAGCAUCACUUGCUAUUCAUUUAAGCUUAAAUGAAGAUAAAAAUGAUCUGAUUACUUUUUGGGGUAAAACUUUUACAAUUUACAAAACAUAUUUAAAUAAAGAUGAAGAUUGUUUUGUGUGUUUAAAUAAAACUGAUUGA